AUGGCCAGUGACGGCACUAUAUAUUCACCCGUCCUCGAGACGAGCAGGAUCUUCUCCGAUCUCUGCGAGCAGUCGGAGCGUCUAAAUCUGCCGGCUGAAGUGGUGGCGAACAAAGAUCGGGUCUCGUUUUCCACCAGCCACAACGAGAUCUACUACCCGAUCCCGUUCAAAGAGACCGAGACGCUCGCCGCGCUGAAGGGGAUCGAGGGCUCUGUAGCUGCUGCAAUCGCAGAUCUGCGCUUUGGGUGCAAUGCGAAACCCCGCGGCGUCCAGGUUAGCCUGGAGGGUGCCACCGCGUUCGGAUGCCAGGCGUACAUGGCUAAGGUGGAUGGAUUGUCUAAACUGGACCCGAAUGUGAAGUCCAAGUUAAAGGACACGGAUUUGUUGGCGGCCCAGUCAAACGGCUAUCGUCGCAUGUCGGCGAAUCUCUACAAGACCAAGAACCCGGGCGAAUUCUUUCAUAUUCAUGGAUCACUCGAGGCAUCCACAACGCUUAAUAUGAUCGGCCUGGAGGGCCACCGGCCAGAUCUGACCGAUUAUGAAGAGAUCAUUAAGGUGAUUGAGAGCCAAGUGCAGAAGUAUUCCGUUGCCGAGCUGGAGCAGAUGAACAAGAACCGGCGGCAGGCUGGCGUGACGGCGUACAAGUACGAGGACUUCAUUAAGACUCCUCAUGGAAAACUCAAUGUGCAAGAACCUCCAUGGAAAGUCACUCAGCUGCCUGGCAAUCUGCCUCCGACUCCCUUCCCAACCAGCCGCAAUGGGAGUAAGAAGAUCCUAGAGGGCAUCAAAGUCUUGGAAAUGUGCCGAAUCAUCGCCGGCCCAACCGUUGCACGCAUUCUGGGCGAAUACGGCGCCGAUGUCUUGAAGAUCACCAGCCCGAACUUAUCCGACGUGCCUUUCUUCCAGGUUGACGGCAAUAUGGGCAAGCAUGCAGCAGAUCUCGACUUGAAGACUGAGGCAGGACGACAGGUAUUCGAGAGGCUGCUAGAAGACGUCGAUGUCAUCGUGGACGGGUAUCGUCCCGGCGCGCUGGAGAAGUUGGGCUAUGGCCCGCAGAUGAUGGCGGCACUGGCCGAGAAGCGCGGCAAGGGCAUUGUGUACGUCAACGAGAACUGUUUCGGGUACGAAGGCGAGUGGGCCGGACGGGCUGGAUGGCAGCAGAUUGCCGACUGCGUCACUGGGAUUGCCUGGGCACAGGGCAAGUUCAUGGGUCUUUCCACGCCCAUUGUGCCUCCAUUUCCCAUCUCCGACUACGGAACUGGCUGUAUGGGCGCCAUCGCCGCGCUCUCGGGUCUAUACCACCGCGCUAAGACCGGCGGUUCUUACCACGGCAAGGCAUCACUGAUGCACUACGACUUGCUGCUGUUUGCAGUUGGCCAGUACCCUGCUGAAGUGCAGAAGGAACUCCUUGCCGCACAGCCGCCUGAGUUCUUCAAGCUCCGCCACUGCGAUAGCGUCGACCGCAUCUCGUCGACUGUCCUGAAGGCCAUGCAGGCCCGUUUCCCGCACCUGUACACAUCUGCCGGCGAGAGUGUGGACGGUCGCCAGCCGCUGACUGAGCGAUGGUUCUCUCGUGCGUAUAAUGCAGACGUGGAAGUUGUGCGGCCGGUUGCUGUUGUGGGGGGUGUGGAGAAUCGGUUCGUGCGUGCGAGCCGCCCGAAUGGCACAGAUCAACCGACGUGGGAGGAUUUCCAGAAGGAUGAAGAGGAUGUGAGGAAGUGCUAA